AACCUCUCACUUGUUAUUUAUUGUAUAACACACAUAUAUACAUAUAUAUAACAGUCCUCCAUAUAUAUAUCUAUCAAUGGCGGCUGAGAUAUCAUCGGUAGCUAAUGGCAACCGCAAUGCAACAACCUUAGAUAUCAGGGACGACGAUGUUUUGUGUCGUCCCAGAAACUUUCUUCCUUGUACUUGCAGCGAUAUGGCGUUCAAGAAAUACGCGGAGGCGGCGGCGGUUUCCUCCUCCGCCGCCGGCUACUCGGACUUCAUGCGCUUCAUGCAAAAGUUGAUAGCGGAGUUUAUGGGGACUUACUUGCUGCUGUUUGCCGGGUUUGCUGCGUUGCUGACCAACAAAGAUCUGUCGCUUCCGGUGACGGCAAUGCUGUGGGGAAUGGACGUGAUGAUCAUGCUCUACACCGUCGGCCACCUUUCCGGCGCCCAUUUUAACCCCGCCGUAACUCUUGCCUUUGCCUCCUGCAAAAGGUUCCCAUGGAGACAUGUGCCUGCAUAUAUAAUUGCGCAAGUGCUGGCUGCAACUCUAGCAACUGGGACCGUCAGAUUGAUGUUCUCAGCGGAGGAAGAUCAUUUCCUGGGAACGGUUCCGGCGGGGUCGGAUAUGCAGUCGUUGAUACUCGAGUUUUUAAUCACAUUCUAUCUCAUGUUUGCCGUCUCCGGCGUUGCCACAGACAAACGCGGCGUUUCAGAAUUCACCGGACUUUCCGUCGGAGCUGUGAUCGCAAUAAACUCAAUAAUCGCUGGACCAAUAUCAGGGGCAUCAAUGAAUCCAGCAAGGACUUUGGGGCCAGCAAUUAUAUCAAACCGUUACAAGAGCAUAUGGGUAUAUAUGUUGGGCCCCACUGCGGGGGCCACUGCGGGUGUCUGGUUCUACAAUGCCGUCAGGUUGCAAGACAAGCCCUCUGAUGAAGAAAUCAUCAAAUCCCAGAUCUUUCCCCAAGACUGCCCCACCAAUUAAUCUUAAUCUCUCCAAUGUAAUUUAAUCUUAAAUAUGUUGUCUCGGAAUAUUGAGUGAAAUAGGCAAAAAUGAAAUGAGAUGAACGAGAGAUCAGAGAGUAAACAACUUA